UAGGUAGGUUUGAGUGGGCCUGUUGUUGGUCGUUGGUCGUUGGACGGUACCUAGGGGCCUAUGGAGACGUUGUUGACGUCGCGCGUCGCGUCGCAUCUCCCGCGAGCGUCCCGCAAUCUGGGAGAGGAAGGGAAGGGCCGAGGAGGGCCGUCCGUGCGUGUCGGAUGAGCGACGUUGACGUGACGCCGACGGGUGCGCGUGGGGAGCACCAUGGGUGGGGGCGGGCGGCUGCGAUUUGCGAGAUCGAGGAUACGCGCGCGCUGCUAUUGUUGCGGUCGCUGUUGCGCUGCACCGCCCACGCCUUGCUGUGCUGGUCGAACGAGCGCGGGCCCUGGCUCGGGCGUUGGCGUCGUUCCUGGAGGAGGAGGCGGCGCGGUCGAGACCACCUGCCUACGAGUAGUACUCGUGCCGAUGACGAGCGGCUCUGCUUGCUUGUUUGCGUGGCUGGCGCGGCCGUGGUUUUCUUCACGCUGCUGAGUUGGGGUUGGGUGGGAGUGUUUCAAGAGAGCUACGAAGGAGCGCAGGAAUCUGUCUACUGUAUCAGAAACACGGAGACUGUGGCCGCAUCCCUCACUUCCUUCCUCCACGGCCUGCCUAGGUUUGAGCAUCUGUUUGCCGAUUGCCACCCAACAUCACGUCCAACACAUGCCAGCUCUCGCCUCCACCUUCCUCCUCCUUGACACGACAUGCCGCUGCUAUUACUGCCCUCUGCCA